AUGGCGACGCUCACUCACCUUUUGGGCCUGGUGCACUCGGCUUCCGCAGGUCCUUUGGCCAACUGCCACCUGCUUGCCUUUCCUUCUGCCUCGGGUCCUGCCUGCCCUCCUGGAGCACUGCCGCACUGCUGCCAUUUGCUUUCUUCCUUCUCCCGCUGCAAAACGAAAGCGAAAAGCAGCGGGGUUGCUUCAGGAGGUUGCUUCGGGCAGGCAGAUGUCUGCAGCCAGGUUGGGAGGGAGGGCAGCGAGAAUGGCAGCGGCAGGCUAGGGAGCACCAAGCUAAAGGGCUACCCGCACUGGACUGCCUGGGUAAGCGCUACUGCCCAGGCCAAAGGGAAAGCACUGUGGGCUCUGCGGUGGCGCAGCAAGGCCUGGCCCUCUCCCUGCAUGGGGGGCUUCCACCCGUCUUGCUCUGCUUCUUCACCACUGAGAGUGGUGGCACAGCUGUCCUUCUUUCCCCAGGAGCACCGGACUCCAUGGGCCGAGUUCCUGGAGUGGCACUGGCAGUCAAAGAGAGCAUGCAGGUGGGAAUCCAGUGGGCUGUUUCAGAGCCCUAAGCCCCACGGAGCCGGCACGGGAGGCACAGCAUCCUCCUCCCCUGUUUGGAUCGCCCUGCAGGGGAGGGCUCUGCCUUUACAGAAACGGGGCGGGCAGUUUGUACGGAGGAUUGAUGUGCAAGGAAGGGCACCUCAGGACGGAGCUGCUGCUGGUCAGGAAGCCCUCCUCCCGCUGAGGCGUCCCCAGAGGGCAGAUCAGCGGAGCGCGACUCUCCCCAUGCCCGGCCCACCUGAGCCGGCGACUGGCAGCACCCCCCUCCCUUGCCGCAGCCGCGCCCCCGUCCCGAGGCAUCCCGGCCAGGAAAGGCGGUGGUGGAGGCGCCGCAUUGUGCCCGGCAGAGCCUCUUCUGACGCACCGCCCCCCGAAAGUCCCCGGCCAGCCAGCCAGCCAAGGCAAGCCAAGCAGCCCCGCCCGUCCCCGCCCCUCGCCCCCUCCCCGAGAACCGCAGCGAGCGCGCGCCAGGGAGGGAAAGGAGAGAGGGGAGUGGGGGGAGGGAGGAAGCGCGGGCACGCGAGCGAGCGAGCAGCCGGGCGGGGAAGCUGCGAGCGAGCGGAGGGCGCCCGGCGCGGGGGCGCGCGCGCGCGGGUCUGUGUCUGGCGGGCAGCGGGUGUGUGGCGGCGGCGGAGACGGCGGAGGAGGAGGAAGAGGAGGAAGAGAAGAGAGUCCGGGGAGGAGAGGGGACCCUGGAGGGACGGAGGGUCCUUGGGCUCCGCGGCAGCGGCAGCGGCAGCAGCAGCAGCAGCAGCAGCAACGGAUCAGGCUAUUAACACAUCGGAGAACAGAAUGUUAAUGCUUGAUGGAAUGCCUGCAGUCAGAGUCAAAACGGAGCCGCUGGAAUCAGAACAAGGGUCUCCCAACGUUCAUAACUACCCAGAUAUGGAAGCUGUGCCCCUCUUGCUGAACACAAUGAAGGCAGAGCCAGAAGAAGACGCCUUGUGUACGGAUCAUUUCCAGACGCAGACGGAGCCGGUGGACUUGUCCAUCAACAAAGCCCGAUCCUCCCCUCUUGCCACCUCGUCUUCACCAGUAUCCAUCACAGCCUCUGCUUUGUCGCCCUCUUCGACUUCAACGUCUUCUAGUCGGCCAGCUUCGUCCCCAACGGUAAUAACCUCAGUGGCAUCGGCAACAUCGGCCCCAUCAGUAUUAACUCCAGGCCCGCUUGUGGCAUCUGCCUCUGGUGUUGGAGGGCAACAAUUUUUGCACAUAAUCCACCCGGUUCCACCUUCGAGCCCCAUGAACCUACAGACCAACAAAAUGAGUCACGUCCACCGCAUCCCUGUGGUGGUGCAGUCGGUACCGGUCGUCUACACUGCAGUGAGAUCACCAGGGAAUGUCAACAACACUAUAGUAGUACCACUACUAGAGGACGGGAGAAGUCAUGUCAAAGCACAAAUGGACCCUCGUGGCCUGUCUCCCAGACAGAUUAAAAGCGACAGUGACGAUGAUGACCUACCCAAUGUGACUUUGGAUAGCGUGAAUGAGACUGGAUCCACAGCCCUCUCAAUAGCCAGAGCUGUUCAAGAUUCAAUUUCACCGUUUAGUAUUGAGAGCACAAGACGCCAGAGACGGUCUGAAUCGCCGGACUCUCGAAAGCGCCGCAUCCACAGGUGUGAUUUUGAAGGGUGCAAUAAGGUUUACACGAAAAGUUCCCACCUGAAGGCUCAUCGGAGGACCCACACAGGAGAGAAACCGUACAAGUGUACCUGGGAAGGUUGCACGUGGAAAUUUGCUCGCUCAGAUGAACUAACGAGGCACUAUCGCAAACACACAGGAGUGAAGCCGUUCAAGUGCGCGGACUGUGACCGAAGCUUUUCCCGCUCAGAUCACUUGGCAUUGCACCGCCGAAGGCACAUGUUGGUCUGAAAAAAAAAAGCUACCUUGUCUAUAUAUAUAUAUAUAUAAAUAUAUAUAUAUAUGAAUAUAUAUAUUCAUAUAUAUAUACCUAUGAAAUUUCAAGAGCUGGGUCUCUUUUAACUACAGUGCAUUCAGCAGGACUGAAUCCUGUUUUGAUGGUGUUAGCACAAAAGGGGCAUUCGGUGUUGUCCCCAUAUUCACAAAGAAGCAGGAACGAGAAUGCUACAAUCUUCCCUCCCACCUUAAGCAGGCUGUCCAGCACAGACCCAAGGCAUUCAUUACCUUUCGCUGAGGAUAAAAAAGCCGAAACGCAUCGAGAUUGGGCAUUAUUUUCUAACCCGCGUCGUUUUCAAAAGUAUUUAUGGCUUGUAUUUUAUUUUUAUUUUUAUUUUUUUUUCUCAACCAUCCCACUUUUUUCUCCCGAAGAAUUUCUGCAUAUUGCGAAGACUGGAUGUCAUAAACCGUAGAAAAGAACAAGUCCUUCGAGAGCUUUCUCUUCGUUUGCUGCUGCUGCUGCUUCUGUUUUUUAUUUGGUUGUUGUUGUUCUUGUUGUUGUUGUCAUGAUUCAUUCCCGCCCCCGCCCCCCGUUAAAACACUGCAGAAUGUCAUCCUGCCCAACAAUUUCCUAAGCCAGCUGAACAGACUGGAAAGAGGAGGAAUUUAAAAAAAAAAAUGAAGCUCCUUGAAGUGAAAAAAAAAAAAGAUUUCUCAGCACACUUAUGCAAUAAAGAUGGUGUACAUAUUUACCUCUUUCUUGUUAUGCUGGACUUUAGAGGCCAUUAAUUCUUUUAAAACUUCCUAAAGCUUUUUCUCUUCUGCUUUUGCUGGAAUUUAUAAAACAGGCAUCCGUAAUAUUUCAGUUAUGAAAUUCCCCAUUUUGUAUCCAUUUGCUUACUCUAUAAUAGAAAGAGUUCAUUAAAACCAGUCUUGGACACAUAAUAGAACCGAAAUUGGUCCCACCCUUUCUGAACCAAUGUAUCAGUCCUCAGCAUAUUUCCCUGAAAGUAAUAGAUGUUCAACUCUACUGAGUUGCUCAGUAGUUGAUUCACAACUGCAUAGGAGAAGUAAUGCCAUUGAUUAACCCUGUCCAUACAUUGGCAUGAUAAACCUUCUGUUCUAUAGGAGUGGAUCAGUGGUGGUUUGCUAUUGGUUCGCCCUGGUUCGGGCGAACUGCUAUCGGCAGCAGGAGACUCUUCCAACCUGUCCGGAUGCUUCUACGCACGCGCAGAAGCAUCGCGCGCACGAGCAAACCAGUAGCGAAGGGUUUUGAAACCCGCCCCUGGAGUGGAUCCUUGAUGGGAUGACUCCCUGUGACCAACUCGCUCUGGGACAACUUGUCACAGCCAACUCACCACGGGACACCGCGUUGUGGGACAAUUCAACAAUUCGAUGAUUUAAAACGAUUUUAAAAAUAUGUUAAUGUUUGUCCUUCACUUUUCCUCUUGUCCCUCCUUCAGUAUCCUUUCUUUAAUAAUUCUAUUCCACCAUAUCAAAGAAAUUAGUGUAACUCUUGUCCCACCGCGAGUUGGCGACAGCGAGUUGUCCUAGACAACUUGAUGGUUCACUCUCACAUGAUCAUCCAUUAAUCGAUGUUAUAAUUUGUAUAGGCUCUGUGUGUGUCUCUCUCUCUCUCUCUGUGUGUGAAUUCUCCCACUGAGUUGACCCCUGCGGUAGAAUUGUGCUUAGGAUUGUAACGUCUAAGUUUUGAAGUGAACAUCCUCUGCGACCCAAAGGGAAUUUAAUGCAUCAGAAUAAAGAAGAGCAUUGAGAAAGAAUUUCAAGAGCUCUCUCAAUGUACUUCCCAUUCCUAAAACGAAGGUCUGGCAAGAAUCAUUUUAAGCUAUCUCCAUGGAGUCACGAUACGGGGCCAGUGAGACUUAGUCAUCGUUAAUUUGGGUUGGGCUGGGUAGAGGCCAAGGUGGUUAGACAAACAACCUCGGUCAGGCAUUCCUGGAAUAGGUAGGGGGUGAUGGGGCCAAUGGUUCCUCAUGCAUAUCAGGGGAACCAUUUUUAGAGAUGGUAUAAACUGAUUCCAAAGGAUUUUAGAAGGAAUUGAAAAGAGUGGGCGUCCUUCUCCUGAAAUCUGCCUAAGAAAUGCCAACCACUGCACCUGUUUUGGUCAUCCAGGCUAGAAACGUCUGCUUCUUUGCUCUAGAUACAACAGAUGAGGCAGACUGACGUAAAUGAGUAAGCAUUUUGUGGGCCCCUUUGUCUAAGUAACUAAAUGUGAACCAACAGUUCUGGUUUUUCAGUCUUAAUUAGGAUGGUUGAGAAUCAAGUGGUAACCAUCUGUUCAUACAACUGGGCCUUUGGAAAUAGUGUAGAAGGAAUAGGUGGCCAACUCAUACAUAUACCCACCACAGCUCAAAUACAUACAUGCAUAUGUACAGCAUCAACCCAUAAUCCUUUCAUCUGAGCUGCUCAUACAGCCAUGUAGAUCAGGGCCCUCCAAUCUUGGCAACUUUAAAACUUGUGGACCUCAACUCCCAAAAUUUCCCAGCUGGUAUGGUCAGCUGCAGAAUUCUGGGAGUUGAAGCCCACAAGUCUUAAAAUUGCCAAAGUGGGAGAACCCUGAUGGGUUUACAAAUUAUCAGAGUCAGGGUGGAUAGUUUACGUUCUCUGUUCCCAUCUAGCUGGUUCUAAUUCCCUGUUGGUAGAACACAUAGUUGACUUGAGCUAGAAGAGUUUGCUAAUUAGGGCACUUGAGAGCAUGUUGAGGUUAGAAGAAAUUAAUGAUGCAUUAUAAAAUGCUAAAUGAACACUUGAACCUCAUUGUCAAAAACAAAAGGAAAUGUUAAAAGCAAUACAGGUAGUCCUUGGCUUACAAGGACCAUUUAGUGACCAUUUGAAGUUACAAUGACAUUGAAAAAAUGGACCUAUGACUGUUUUUUACCCUUACAACCAUUGUAGCAUCCCCAUGGUCACAUGAUCAAAACUCAGACGCUUGGCCACUGACUCAUAUAUAUGACGGUUGCAGUCCCUUUGGGGUCAUGUGAUCUGCUUCUGUGACCUUCUGACCAGAAAAGCCAAUGUGGGAAGCCAGAUUCACUUAACAACCAUGUUACUAACUGAAAUGAUUCUCUUAACAACUGUGACGAGGAAGGUUGUAAAACGGGGCAAAACUCACUUACCCAAUGUUUUACUUAGCAACAGAAAUGUUGGGCUCAUUUGUGGUCGUAAGUCCAGGACUACCUGUACUUCAUCUUUUAUGACAGUAUAUUUGUAGAUUUAUUUGAAAUCAUUCAUCCUCUUGAACAUCUAACAUAUGUAAGCUAUUCAGCCAGUCAGGGAUUCGUCAUUUAUCGAACACAGGAGUAGAAUCAAAGCAUCCUGUGCCAGUAGCGUUGAUCUUAAGACCCAGUUGUACACUUUUAAGAUAACUCUGUGUAGCCAGUAGUAACCAUUUCAGAAAUAGUCCAGUCAGACUCAGAGGUCUUGGGGACAUUUUUCUAUCCACACCAGUGGGCAGGUUUUAGAAGGAUUUGGGAGUUUUCAAAUUCUACUCAUUCGAUUGCUUAACUUCCUCUUAAGUUCAAGAGCUCUUCUACCUGGUUCAUUCCCAAGUCAACUCUUAUGACUUAGUAGGUUGACCGACUUUUCAUCAUAGGCCGAGCAAGAUCAAAUUAAGCUAGGAGUGAUGGCUAGGAGGGAAUUCCUAGAAGAGUGUUUUACUGUCUCCCAAAAAUCAGUAUCGUCUUGCCUUUGUAGAGCUGAGGUCUUUUGAGCUAAUAUCUAAGAACGAGAGAUGCGAUCCUGUUGCUGUGGGAAUUUGCUCACUAGGAACAUAGAUUUCUGUUCUCUUUUAUGGAUGCUCUGGUCCAUCAAACAUUCCUCUGUUUUUCCUUUCUUCUUUUUUCAGAGAAGAGAAAAAUAGGAAGGGAGUUCAACUGCUUAAUUUUUACUUAGAGAUAUUUCCUGAGCAUUGGUUCAAAUCUGCAUAGAUUAAUCUCGUCAGAUCACAUCUUGACCUAAUCAGUUUAUCUCAUAAUUAAUAGGAAAUGAUCUUUCGAGUCGUAUUGUUCCUUGAAAAAGAAACAGUUGCCCGAACUGUUUAGAGAAAAAAAAUAUGCAUAUCAAACAACAGAGUCACAAUUCCAUUGUCACCCUCUAAUUCAGUCAAAUAAUUAGCAGCUUUCCUAUUCUCCUUGGCUGCGCAAUUGACAAUUGCUAAAGAAAUUAGACCGGAAGGACUAAUUUUCUUUUACCACAGUUCUCUGCUUCUUUCUUCCUCAAGACUGAGUCAAUGACAAAGGAUGUAAAGACCAGUCUGUCGUCAGCUCAUGCUUGUCCAUAGAUCUUCCAAACUGGGGCCUAGUUUAGUUUUAGAGACCUGACAGGGAGUUAUCCUCAUCAUGGCCUACCUGAGCACAGGGAACCUUUGGAAACAGGGUGCCAGAAUGGUUGGUUGGUUCUCUAGGGAGUUGACCUUCGUAGGGCUGUCCGGUGCUUCAUAUUCAGCCUCCAAGGGGUGCUUCAAAGCGCACAGAAGUUACACCGUCUGCCUACCUUUAAAACACCUGGCAGGCAGGAGUAACAUUCACAACCUCCAACCUUUUCUGGAGAUGGAACCCAAAGCAUUGAACAGUUCUGAUACUCCUCUCAAUUUUUAGAAAUUUACAUGCCUGAUUCUGAGAGAGCCCUGUUGAGUGGGAACUAUUUUGACUAACCCAUAUUGUAAGGAUUCUUUCCGAUGCCUGUUUUUUCUUGUUCAGUUGCCGUUGUUCCGAUGUUCAUGGAUUUUCUUUCACUGCGGCUGCAACGUACUAUAGAAAGGUGGCCUUCGUGCAAACCGUUUAUUGUUAAUUUUAUUAGCCGAUCUAUCCUGAUGGUUCAAUAAAUUUCAGUAUUGGAACUUUUCCAUGAACAAAGACAGUGUUAUUCUGGAAGAACCGUUUCUCUUAGGCAGAUUAAUUAGCAGGCAAGCAAAUUGUCUUCACAAAGGAAAAUGUGGAGGUGUCUAAUUUCUCUCGUUAGCACUACUGUUAAAAGUAGCUCGCCACCAGAAUAAAAUUCCAUUAGGAAUGACGAUAUGAUGCAACCGCAUCUCUUUUCCAAGUUAUCUGUUUGUUAAAACAGAAGAGGGGAAUUCUCCCCUUUUUUUUUCCCCUGUCAUGCUACAGGUAGUUACAUUGCUUCAAAGGGAAUUAAAAACCCAUGUGUAAAAACCUCACGUAAAACUUUACAGAUCAGAUUGGAUUAUUUGGUUCCGAAUUUGCACAUUUUCAGAAAUUUUCCUCUGUAUGAAGAAUGCAUUCUCCUGUUCAGAAAUUACAGCAAUUAAACCCCACUGGGGCUUUUUUGUUUUGUUUUGUUUUUUAAAGGAGAAAUUUUUUAAAAAUAAAUUAUGAUGGAAUGAACCCCACAAAUUAAACUGGAUUCUCCAGGUUGUUUCACGGCAGAUGGAAGGACUGUUCGAGAUCUGUUCUCCUUCAGUCAUGUUGAACCAGAGAUAAUUCACCAUGCUUGUCCCUUGACUUUGGGGGAAAUUGCUGCAUUCCAGAGCAUCAUGUCACAUGGUCAAUAUCUCUGGUGCCAAAGGAAGAUUGAAUGUCCUGCUCUCUGUUAGGCAUACUGGAGAUUCAACUGAUACCGAAUGCACUUUAGGACAUUCCAUGAUUACUGGACAAAUGUUCACCACAGAGAUGCAAUUUCCCAAGCAAAGAGAAAGCAACUCACCCAAUUAUCUUCCAGUCAUAUCUGUGAGGUCCAGGCAAGAAAGAUCAGACUGAUGAAAGCAGGUUGAUCGCAUCAUAAUAUAACCCCGCCCCUUUCCUGCAUCAUCAGUCGCCUGCCCAAAACGGGAGGAGUCUGUGGACCGCUGAUGCUAAUGAAAGGCGCAAGAUCUUACCGGUGCCACUCUGAAGUUACAACCUAGGUUGGUCCCAACGCACAGCAAGGCAGUGUUGCAUUCUUCAGCUCAGAAAUAAGUACCUACUUAUUUCAAAAGUAUCGAGCCCUUUGCAAAUGGCCCAUCGCAAUUUCAGAGUUAAGAAGCAGUAUUCCCGCAUUGUCUAUACUUGAAUGAAAUCGUUGAAUGAAUCUGAUAUCAAAGGGCUGGUGAUAUAUUGAUAUUGAGAAGGGGGAAGACUCCUUGCAUAAAUGGAUCCAUGGUAUGGUGAUACAGAUAGUCCUCAACUUACAAUAGUUCAUUUAGCGACCAUUCAAAGUUACAAUGGUGCUGAAAAAAGGAAUUUACAGCCAUUUUUCCACACUUACGACUGUUGUAGCAUUCCCCAUGGUCAUGCGAUCAAAAUUCAGAUGCUUGGCCACUGAUUCAUAUUUAUGACUGUCUGGGGUCAUGUGAUCCCCUUUUGCGACCUCCAGACGAGCGAAAUCAAUGCGGAAGUUAGAUUCACUUAACAACCGUGUUACUCCCUUAACAAUUGCUGUAAUUCACUUAACCACUGUGGCCAGAAAGGUCAUAGAACGGGGGGAAAACUCCCUUAACAAACUGUCGCACUUAUCAGCAGAUAUUUUGGGUUCCAUUGUGGUCGUAAGUCAAGGACUACCUGUAUUUAUGUCAACGAGCAUCCCAGCAUCAGACUGAAGCAAUAUAUUGUAGAGAUCUAUGUUUAUAUAAGGGUGUGCUUGAUAAAGGUUUAAUGCUUGGAAGAAGACAAAUCAUGAAUCUUUUCUGGUUUUGUUGGGAACAGUUAUGCCAGCUAAUAUCUUUAUCCAUUUCGAUGUUUUCUGGAAGAGCUCUGAUCAUAUGCUCUGAUUUCUAAGCAUAAUGGAGAAUGGGUACCCUCAUCAAAAUCUCCAGUGUCCCUCAUGUGUGCACAUUGCUGAUUAUUUGCAUGUGUGUGAUCUGAAUUAAGUUUCAAUAUGGCUUCCCAACAGAAGUUGGAACUAGCUCUUCUAUAGGCAUAAUUUUCUCCGUUUUGGAAACCAGCUUGUAAUUCCUGUAUUAUGCCUUUGCCUGUGUUUUAUAGAUGAAGAUGUAUACAUUUAAGACUGCUAUAUUUUCACAAUUUCAUUAAAAUAUCUGUAACUGUGCAUAGUUUACUCAAUAGGUCAAGCCCGUUGAAACUUUUCCAUAUGUUGAUAUCAAAUUCACUGCAGUAAUCUAUUCAUUUUCUUUCUUUUUUUUUAGUAUGAACUUCAAAUAUAUGGAUACUGCAUCUUAUAAAAAUACAAAGGGGGAUGGGGGGAGGAAAACAAUCCAGAAAAUCGAAUGGAAAGUAUUUUACCAGACUUGUAAAAGUUACAAUAUUCUGUAAUAUAUAUGUUAUAGUGAAGAAAUAUUUUCAAGUGGACAGUUUUUCACAGGAUGUAAAUAAUGGAAAUGAAAAGUGUUUUGAAACAAAGUUUUUGGUUGUCAUCAGCAAGAAAAAUGCAGUGUAAAACCUUUAUGACACAAUGAACAUUUUAAAAAGGAAAAAAAAAAGCAGGAAAGAUUGUUCUAGUUUGUCAAAGCUCACUCCUUUUGUGUCGUGUGUCCCUACAACUUGGUUAUUUGAGAUCGAGUCAGUAAACGGUAGAAAGAAUCAGAUUUUUAAUUUCCAUAAGCUCACCGAAAAAAAAAAAACCCUUGUCAAAAUGUAAAGCUAAAUUCAAAGAAAUUCUGUUUCCCUGAAGUUAUUCCAAAACAACAAUGCUUUGAAACAUGGACCUAUUGAGACUGGAAAUAGGACAGAGCAGUGGCAGUAGUGGGGAUUCUAUGUUCAAACAAAUAAUGGAUAUACUGUGCACAUUUUCAAGUAUAACGUAGCCUCUUCGAUCCUUCAGGAGUACCUAAUUUUGACUUUUCUUUAACAUAAUAAAAUCUAAGCUUAACCUUCCAACCUUACCAGCAAAGAUCUCAUAGUGAGCAUGUCUAGUUUAAUGGAAAGAUAGACUAGGGGUGACAUGAUAGCAGCGUUCCAAUAUCUAAGGGACGUCCACAAAGAAGAGCGGGUCAACCUAUUCUCCAAACUACCUGAAGGCAGGACAAGAAGCAAUGGAUGGAAACUAAUCAAGGAGAGAAGCAACCUAGAACUAAGGAGAGAUUUCCUGACAGUUAGAACAAUUAAUCAGUAGAACAAUUUGCCACCAGAAGUUGUAGGUGCUCCAUCACUGGAGGCUUUCAAGAAGAGAUUUCAGACAGCUAUUUGUCUGAAAUAAUAUAGAGUUUCCUGCUUGAGCAGGGAGUCGGAUUAGAAGACCUCCAAGGUCCCUUCCAACUGUUAUUCUGUUGAUCUGUUAUUACCAGCUUUGGGAAAUUUAGAGUCCUGUCAUCAGUUGGGUGUGACACGCUUUCCUUCUCACUAGGUACAUGGACACGCAAACAUCUGGGAGGAGAGAGCUGUAGUUAGGCAGGUGAGAGAGGACUUAGGCCAGGUAGCAUCCACCUGAUGAAGGGAAUUCAGGUCCAUCCAAAGUAAUAGGCAGAGCUCUACCGGAAAUGCUCAGCUCCUGUAAACUUCAGCGGAUGAUCAAAGGAAAUAAAUGGAAAGGGAUGAUGAUGGAAGAAUGGAAGUCAUUUCGCAUCUGAUGCCUUCCGAUUAUAAACAGUAAAUAGCAGUGUUGUUCAUAUCUCUGUUCUUACAAGCAGGUUUCCUAGAAAGUACAAACUGAAGAUAAUUCAACAAAUUGUCAGAUGAAGAUAAUAGUCCUAUACUCCAGUUAAGUCCAUUGGAGGCUGGCCAGUCCACACAGUAGAUAUGUGAUCUUGCCCCAAACCAAGACCUUGUUUUUCAAACGUUGCUGGCUCUAGACUAGAGUAACUGGAAAGAGAGAGAGGUGAAUGGACCUCAGAGACAAAUUUGUUGCACAUUUGAAGACCCACAGGUUUUGAUCAGUUAAUUGGAAAGAUGGUUGUACUGAGGCUGUAUAAUUUUUAUUGUAGUAUAAGGUGGAUUUUUUAAAGGAUCGUUACUCUUCUGGGUUUUCUUCUGUACACGGAUCAGCAGGCUCUAUCUGCAAAAUUGACACGGGCAGAAGAAAGUCUUAGAUUUGAAAAGCAAAUGGAUUCUUAGCUAGUUCACAUCACAGAUGCUUUGUGACAUAGAGCGGGUACCCCCCAAGCUCCUAUAAAUAAAGAUUAAAAGCUUCAUUUGUAGGCUCAGAUCUUGAAUUGUUCUCCCUCAGAAAGACGGGGGAGGUAUGCUUUGAAAUUAUGUGCAGCUUGCAUCAGUGGUGGGAUUCAAAUAAUUUAACAAUCGGUACUCUGCCCUAAUGACCAGCUGGGUAGGCAUGGCUUGGUGGUCAUGUGACCAUGUGAGCAUGGCCAACUCAACGUCACGCAUGUUGAUGGGCGCUUUGCCUUAGCUGGUACAAUGUAACAAGGGUUAACCGGAGAGGCAGUUUCUGUAAGCUGGGCAAUAAAGAUUAGGCUAGAAACAGCACCAGAAUGUUUCCUUCCUGCCUUCCUUACAGGAUUAGCCCUGUAAAGUGGAAAAAAACAAAAUGAGAUUUCUUCCAACAACCAGUUCUCCGAACUGCUUAGAAAGUUAACAACCGGUUCUCCCGAAUAGGUGCGAACUGGCUGAAUCCCACCACUGGCUUGCAUACAGUCCUAUAGGCAAAAAUCCCAUAGAAAGACCCACUAUUUUAACUCAGCAAAUAAAUGCAUGGACUCCAUAAUAACAACAAUAACAAUAACAGUAUGACUACCGGUUAACAAAUUUCUUCGGGAACACUUAACAAUCUACAUAGGUGAAG